AUGGCCGUCUCCUGUCCCCCUGCCGGCGGGAACCAUUUGUCUCGGUUGACUUACCCCCCUCUCCCCUUUCCUUCUCAACUGAAAUCUCCAUACUCAUUCACUUCCUCUGCAGCUGCAAACACCAAAGCCCGAAAGAUCAUGAGUGCAACGCAACUACCAUCGAACCUUCUUCUUUGUCUCUCUCUAAUCUUUCAAUGCUCGUUCGCUGUCUCGCCAUUUGGCAAGAUCAUCCCUCGCUUUCCUUCUCCUCUCAUUCAUCCAGAAAAUUCUCAACCAUCGCUCUCUAACGACCAGAGUGGCAACAAUGGGCUCUAUAAGACUAGGUACUUCACGCAAAUCCUCGACCAUUUCAGCUACCGUCCCGAGAGCUACCAGACGUUCCAGCAGAGGUACUUAAUUAACUCCACCUUCUGGGGCGGCCCGCGGAGGAAUGCCCCGAUCUUUGUCUACACUGGGAACGAGGGUGACAUCGAGUGGUUCGCCCAAAACACCGGCUUCAUGUUUGAGACGGCACCCCACUUCAAUGCCCUUCUUGUGUUCAUCGAGCAUCGGUAUUAUGGGAAAUCGAUGCCGUUCGGGGGCAAAAAAGAGGUGGCGUACAGCAACGCAAGCAUGUUGGGCUAUCUCUCCUCGACGCAGGCAUUGGCAGACUACGCAACGCUGAUAACCGAUCUGAAGAAGAACUUGACAGCCGAGCAUUCGCCAGUGGUGGUUUUUGGAGGUUCUUACGGGGGAAUGUUGGCAGCAUGGUUUAGGCUAAAGUAUCCGCACAUUGCAAUCGGCGCUUUGUCUUCUUCUGCUCCGAUCCUCGACUUUUUCAACGUCACCUCCCCUUACAUCUUCAACGACAUCAUCACUGAGACUUUCCAGAGCGAGAGCAAGAAUUGCUAUAAAGUGAUCAAGCGAUCAUGGCAGAAGAUUGAAGUUAUGGCGAAACAACAAGGUGGACUCGAGAUCCUGCGAAAAUCAUUCAGACUAUGCAAGAACUUUAAGGAUGCGGAAUAUCUCACAGGUUGGCUCGAAACUGCUCUCGUUUACGCGGCCAUGACCGAUUAUCCAACUCCUUCCAAUUUCCUGACUCCCUUGCCUGCUUAUCCGAUCAAACAGAUGUGCAAGGCGAUAGAUGAUCCGAGCAAAGGGGACGAUGAUUUUGCCAAAUUGUAUGGCGCGGCAAACAUCUACUACAAUUACAGCGGCGGCAUCUCAUGCUUCGAUCUAAUGGACGAUUCCGAUCCUCAUGGCCUCAGCGGAUGGGGAUGGCAGGCAUGCACGGAAAUGGUAAUGCCAAUAGACGGCAAUCGAGAGACAAGCAUAUUCCCAGCUUACAAGUACAACUAUACUGAUACAGUCAGCUCCUGUGCAGCUGACUCCAGCGUCGUCUCUAGGCCCACCUGGAUCCCUAUCGAGUUUGGCGGCCAUGACAUUAGACGGACCUUGAGGAGAUUUGGGAGCAAUAUCAUCUUCUUCAAUGGCUUAAGAGACCCAUGGAGUGGUGGAGGGGUGUUGAAGAGCAUUUCCAAGAGCAUUGUUGCAAUAGUGGCCGAAAAAGGGGCUCACCAUGUCGAUCUACGAUACUCGACCAGUGAAGACCCCGAGUGGCUUCAAGAUGUGAGAAAGAAGGAGAUCAAGAUCAUUUCAGGCUGGAUCUCUCAAUACUAUCGUGACUUGGCCAAAUAG